GCGCUGUGUGGCGUGUGUUUACCGAGUGGAGUGGGUUCGAUCCCCACUUGCAGAGAGAGAGAGAGAGAGAGAGAGAGAGAGAGAGAGAGCGCGCAUGUAGACUGUCACACACGUAGACCGUCCGGGACCGAGCAGACAAUGACGAGGAGCCGCUCUCCGUUUCCUUCUCUGCUGACAUGAGAGGCUUCGUGUUGAGCCUGGUGAGUUCAGGAGGAUUUCUCAUUGAGACGUUGACAGUUCACACAGAAGAAAUGUCCACAACUGCAAGUCCAACCAUCCCCUCCUCACAGCUGACUUCGGAUCAGCUCACAGUGGUCGCUGCAUGCUUUUCCUCUCUGGUGUUCUUUGUGGUUAUUGUGGUGCUGCUGUCCGUCAUUUAUCACAAGGAUCUUCAGUGCUGCAAAUGCUGCUCCUACCAGGGGCCACGUGCAGAUAUGCACGCUCCUCCUCAGUACUACAGCAGCAGGCAGACACUGGUGGGAUCUCCUUGUCUCGAGCCGACUCAGAUCAUGGUUGACAGCACUCAGGCGGAUCAGCUGUUCUACGUCGGCCUGCCCUCCAGCUACAGCCUGCCCACACUGGAGGGCCCCCUGCCGAGGCUCCCCUCCUACGAGAGCGUCCGAAAGAAGGACCGCCAGAGGCAGAUCCACAUGAUGAUCGCGGACCGCUUCGGCCUCAAUGGACCCAUUGUGACCGAGCCUCCUCCUACUUAUGAAGAGAGCAUCCGCCCCUCUAUGGAGCUGCCGUACGUCAUCCUCUCCUCCAGCCGGGACAUCUCUCCUCCUCAGAGCAUCUACACCAGCACCGGGCCCGACACGCCUCCUCCUAUCACCUCUGACACCAACAGCGCUGUUCUACCCGUGUGAUUGAUUACUGAAGCGAGCUUCUCUACGAUGCAUGUGAGAGACAUGUGAAAGCUUUAUAAACAGAGGAAGUUACCAAAAAAAACCACACGAGACUUGUUGGAGACUGGAUCACGACUGGAUCCUUCAGUUACCUCAAGACUUUAAGACGAGAGUUUAUGUUGAGAUGUUGAUGAAGGAGCAACCAAAGAGGAGCUUCGGGAAAGGACAGCUGUGGCUCGGCACGUUUGAAUGUUAAGAACACUUAACGACAGGUACUGUACUCACUGGAGAAUCACUGGAUAUUAAUAUUUACUGAGGUGGCUGGUACACCUUGAAGAAGAAAGUCACGGACUACAUGAAACCAAAAAGGGAACCGCUAUUUACUUUGUUGAUAAUACUGUAAGCGAACAGCUGUCUUCUCUUUUAUUGUGCUGUCCCUGAGCCAGAAGCCUCAUUGUCAGGUUUGUAAUGUUAUCAGACACCUGUUUGUUUCUGUCGAGGCCGAGCACGUAGGUCAGCCUGUGAGAGGGAGAGUUCAGAAAAGGUGCUGAUGAGAGUGCCUUCAUGAAGUUAUUAUAAGACAGGUGUUUGUUUUUUUACCAUGCUUAUUUUUUCAUUUAAGGCCGAUGGGACUCUGGAUGAUUUCUCACUUAUUUAUAGCUAUCGACACAUUGAUUUGUUCUGUUCUCCAAAAGGUUUCAAGGGGCAGAGUGAAGAAAUGAAAACAAUAACAAGUCCCGAUACCAACACUUUGUCUCUGGGUGACAUUGGAUGCUGAGAACGGAUGUGAUGUUUAUCUGUGUUAUGUCUCACUGUGUGGAAGUGAUCGUUCUUUUAUGUGUAAGGCAACAUCAGGCUUGAGUUAGACAUUGUUUUCCUAACUUUAUGAAACAAAAUGUAACAAACAAACACAUUGAUAUAAAUGCACUGAAUUGUUAUUUAUUAAAAUAAUGCUAUCCAAUACCAGAUCGUCCCAUUGUCACGGAAAACAAGCUGUUUGAGUCAGUAUCAGACUGAUAUCAGUAUCAGUGAAGCUCUGCUUCCUUGCUUGGUUUUUCUUGACCACAGGUUAUUGUUUUGCGACCUACCAUGCACACAUGCCAAAUGUUUGUCCCGCACAUUGUCAUGUACUCUAUUUAUUGAAGAAAAAAGAGUGGCUCCACAUUAUUAUUUCUGAAAACAAAUGUAAUAAAUCCUUUCUUUUUUGUUG